AUGACCCGUAAGAAGAUCAAAGGUGGCGAGAUCGAUCGGAAAACCAAGGACGCCGAGUGCGCCAACAGCACCCGCGGCGGCGACCUCCGCAACGGCGACUAG